CAUCGGUUGUCGCAUCUGAUUCUUAACUGAGCGAAAAGCAACGUACAUACAUUUUGGCGAAAAUAAGCAACACGUCAAUCGCUGUGAGAACUCUACCCACGAAGAUAACUGAGGGGGAUGUGUCGACGGGGUUGACGGCGCCCGCGCGUACGGGACGUCAUCGUGGUGUCUGUCAGCCUUUUUCCCCUCUUCGGACACCUUUGAUGGUCGCGUGACACGCUGACAUAAAAUGGCUCGUCACUACGUUGCUGUCGUCCGAGUCAGGAUGAGUAGACGAGUGUCAGUAUCGAUUCACCUGGCUGCUGGUAAUGCCGCACGUACGAAGCAUUUCCGGCCAGAUGAGAUCUACGGGAGAAUCUGAUGAUCAAGAUGCGCACGGAUAAGAUAAAACGACACCCUUAAAGAAUGCGCAGCUUCCGACAACUUUUACUCAGCACAUUUUUGUUCACAACGUGCUAUCACAUCGGUCACGGUCAAGAUGAUACGACGACUGACAAACAAAAUUCAAUAAAAUCAACAAUACCCGCGGAAAUGAAAAUAACAUCAUGGAAUGACAUGCCAUUUUCCGGGUUGGCGAUGGAGAACGGAAAAUGGGUGGGUAAAGGCUACGCGUUUUACUUACUCGAGCUGCUCAGUUCCAAAUUAAAUUUCACCUACACUAUCGUGCCGCCUAAGGAACACGUGCUCGGCAACAAACGACGUGGAAUAUUGAAACUGCUUCACGACAGGACGGUGGAUAUGGCCGUGGCGUUUUUGCCUCUUUUGCCGGAGCUGCGGGAAUAUUGCACAUUCAGCACGGCUUUGGAUCACAGCGAGAUAACCGCGUUAAUGAAACGACCGCAAGAAUCCACAACCGGUACCGGGCUACUUGCGCCGUUCGAUCGUACUGUCUGGUUAUCGGUUCUGGCCGCGGCGCUCACCACAAUGCCCGUAAUUUACAUUUUCGCCAGAUUUAGAGCUAAGUUGUGGAACGAUCAGAAUUCCGAAAAUUACAGCUUUCCUUCUUGCAUAUGGUUUGUGUUCUGCUCUAUGCUGAAACAGGGAACGAGCAUGGUCGCGACGACAGAUUCGACGCGAAUUCUGUUCGCCACGUGGUGGAUAUUCAUCUUGAUACUGACGUCUUUUUACACGGCAAAUCUCACCGCGUUUCUCACAAAACCACAAUUCACCUUGCCGAUCAAGAACAUUGACGAUAUAGUAAGGAAGGGUUACCGCUGGGUCGCCUUCGAGGGGCGCACGAUCGACUAUUUACUUUCUCAACAUCAUUUGGACGAGUUAUCUGCGAUGAACUCUACGAGACUGACGAGAGGUAAUUUUAUCUCGACGUACGAGUAUCCGGUUAAGGACAUUUUCAACGCCGUGAAGAACAACAAACUGUUUCUCGGAGAAACGCAUUAUCUGGAGAGUCUGUUGUUCGAAAAUUAUAUCAAUAAAACUCGUGAGCAGCUGAGUUAUACGAACAGAUGCACGUACGUCCUUAUGCCCGGCGCACUUCGCGUAAUUAACAGAGCGUUUGCCUUCCCCGUGAACUCCACCAUUGUGAAACCGAUUAACGAAGCACUGAUGGCUCUUGUGGAAACCGGUAUAAUAAAACGUGAGAAACUCAAGAACUUACCACUGGCGCACAUAUGUCCGUUAGAUCUGCAAUCCACCGAGAGACGAUUGUCGUUCAAAGAUCUAUCGCUUACUUUCAAACUCGUGGUGAUUGGAUACGCAAUCGCGACGAUAGUCUUUAUUCUCGAGUUGACGCUCAGAUGGGGCGCGAACGUCUGCAAGCGACGAAAAGAGACGAACAGCGUGACGCUCCGCAGACCGAAGCAACGAUCGGUAUUUGUGACUCCGCAAUUAGUAAAUUUUACGAAGAAUAAUCUGAGCGACGGCAAACGAAACAACUUGCAGAAGAUAAGCCCGCGACCUAUGUAUCAAACCAUACCGUACGGUAUCGCGCAAGGAAAAAAACAGACCAUCAACGGACGCGAUUAUUACGUCGUCAUGGAUCGUAGCGGCGAUCAAAGAUUGAUACCUAUCCGCACGCCAUCAGCGUUUUUAUUCCAAUACACGGCAUAAGCAAAAAGAAGAUUAAAUAAGUACGUGUUAUGUGAAAAGUCAAAAUGCAAUUUAUUACAUAUUUAAAAAUUUUGUUUUUUAAAUCAUCGCAAAAUCAUCGAUAACGCGCAUCACGUUCUGUAGACGUGACAUUGUAUCAAUCUCCAAUUGUGUAAACCGAUACGAGAGAUUCUAUGUGUAACAAUAAUAAAUAUUAACAGUAACAAUAAUAAGUAUUCACUUGCGUGAACAAUUUUACAGUGAAAUAAAAGUAUAUUAUUUUGUUUUUUAUAUUAUUGCACAUCAUUCUACCGCAGAUUUGUGACGAGCCUGCAAAGGUGUAUUAUAUAAUAAAUACAAAAAAAAUAAAUAACGAAUACAAAAGAAAUUAGACAAUGAAGCAUUCUCUAUUUUGACUCUUGCAAAUCGAUGCGUUAUUAAUAACAUUUAUGCCAACACUUACGUUAAAACAGUAGUUGAAGAAAUUUAAUUUAUUUUAAUGAAUGAA